GCUCACACCAUGCAUCCUCCACCACGGCCUUGCAGCGUUGCCCCGCCAUGUCAGGCCGACGCGUACGGCUACUUAGACCUUUAAAAGCUGCGCCGUUAUGAACCUUCAGUUGAAGCUCCUUUGCUAUCGACACUUCUUUCCUCACUGAAAGCACAAGCCAGCCGUCCGAAACACCUCGAGAGAUUUCCGAAGAGAACCAUUGUCGAUCAAGAUGGCCUCGAACGGAGCUGUUGACAGCAAAACACACAAGUUCAACCCGCACUUCACGCAAGCUGUCAUCAAUGCCACGGGUCCGAAAGCUUCGCCUCGGGUGCGCCAGCUCACGACGAGCUUGAUCCGCCAUCUGCACGACUUUGCGCGCGAGAAUGAGCUCACGGUGGACGAAUGGAUGGCUGGGGUGGAGCUGAUGAAUGAAGCCGGCCGCAUGUCCGACGACCGCCGCAACGAAGGCCAGCUCGUCUGCGACAUCUUCGGCCUCGAAUCGCUCGUCGACGAGAUCACCUACAAGCUCGCGUCCGAUGCCGCCGACGAACCCACCGCGACCGCCAUCCUCGGCCCCUUCUGGCGGAAGGAAGCACCGCUGAAGAGCAUGGGUGACACCAUCGUCUCGGGCUUCGAUGACAAGGGAGACAGGACGUGGAUGCAUGGCACCGUCACAGACUUCUUGACCGGGAAACCGAUCGAGGGCGCGGUGUUGGACGUCUGGCACACAGCGCCGAACGGCCUGUACGAGCAGCAGGACCCAGAUCAGCCAGACAUGAACUUGAGGGGCAGGUUCACGACUGGGAAAGACGGAAAGUACAAUUUCUACUGCUUGAGGCCGGUCCCGUAUCCGAUCCCGUACGAUGGACCAGCGGGCAAGAUCCUGCAGGCGCUAGAUAGGCAUCCGUAUCGCCCGGCGCAUAUACAUUUCAUCCUCACAGCGCCGGGCUACAAGCCCAUCAUCACGCAGAUCUUUGACCGGAACAGCAAGUACAUUGAGGAUGACGCGGUGUUCGCUGUCAAAGACUCGCUCAUCGUCGACUUCAAGCCGUUCCAGGGCGACCCGAAAGCCGAUUUCGAACUACCAUACGAUUUCAAGCUGGCGACGUUUGAGGAUGCCAAGAAGCAUUCGGUCGCAGGCACAACUGAGGAGAGUGCAGCUUAAUUCCACCUCGAAGGCCUAGGGCACCAAUCUGAGUCAGAUAUGAGGCAGGCCUUGACCGCGGUGCGAGGCCGAUCCUCGAAAAGUAGUUUAGCGAUUUGAGGUUUAAAAGUCUCACACAGAUUUUAGCGGUCAGCCAGUUCCCUUUUCCGAUAUUUCGUGUCACCAAGAAUCACGGCGGAUAUUCCGCCCUCAUUACUAAGUUAGGCCCAAACCAAUCUUGCUUUAUCUCCG